AUGAGAUUCCUUAUUGCAAUGAACAUAUUUUUAUCUUUCACUGCAUUAUUAGGAAAUUCUAUUAUCCUUGUUGCCCUUAAGGAGUCAUCCCUGCAUCCUGCAUCCAGACUUUUAUUCAUCUGCCUGUCGUGCACCGACCUGUUAGUUGGUGUUCUUCUAGAACCCUUCAACGUGGUCCAUUUGUUUUUGUCCAUGCAAGGAAAUCAAGAGCUCUGCAGUCGAAUGUUAGUCCCAAGUUAUAUCAUCGGCGUAAUUCUUUUUGGCGUUUCUAUCUCAACAUUAACUGCCAUAAGCGUGGAUCGACUUCUGGCAUUGCUGUUGAAGCUAAGGUACAGACAAGUUGUAACUUUGAAGCGAACUUGUGCGGUAAUAGCAUUUAUAUGGCUCCUGAACGUCUUCGCUGCAACCAUGUACUUCUGGGUUCAUUUUAUUUUCCUGUGGUAUGGCUAUAUACUGAUAAUAGCCUGUUUUAUAACCUCAACUUCCUCGUACACAAAAAUCUACUUAACUCUUCGCCUUCAUCAAAGACAACAAGAACGGUUUUCCCACGAACAACCGCUGAGAAGAACUGGAAUUCCACUGAAUGUAGCACGAUUCAGAAAAACAGUGUCCACAGCUCUCUGGGUGCAGUUAACAUUAGUAGCCUGUUAUCUUCCGUAUGGUAUAGUAACAGCCUUAAUGACUAGCCAUGGUUUGUCUCCAUCUAUUAUUCUUGCUGGCAGGUUUGCCUCAACUCUUGUCUACCUAAACUCGACCCUGAAUCCUUUGUUGUAUAGCUGGAAGAUAAGAGACGUCAGAGAGACAGUAGAGGCAAAACUACAACAACUGAUGAGUUGUGGUCAGUCUAGAGUUCAGGCUUUCUGAAGCAAUGUAAGGACAACUAAUGAAAGAACAGAUUACGCACAUAUUUCUUACGUCUACUUCGGCCCGCAGUAACUCAGACAAAGCUUUCCAUGCAAACAGUUUCACAGAGUUUCAGACUUGCAUUUGCCUUUGUUAAGCUGUAAAAUACGCUUCAAACAGGGAGGGAGUUUAACUUGCACAAUGACGGAUGAAGCAGAAUGAACAAAUAAUAAAAACGCGUACAGUAAGGAGAGGAUUCUCUUCUCGCUACUUUAUUCAAUUGCAAGGCACUGAAUACCUGAAAUGCGAACAGUAUCAUAACCAGUUUAUCACUCUCUCGUGUGUAUAUUUAUAAUAAUAAUAUUUAAUUUCUUCUGAUAAUGAUUAGGAUAUGGGAGGGCAGGGAAGGGCAAGAACUAGUAACAGCCCAGUGCGCAUGCGUUAGACUUUAGUCUCUUUUCUCUUUCCUUUCCCGCCAAAUUUUCUGUGCUCACGAACAUUAUGGUAAGCAGAUGUUUCGAUAGAGAUGCAAUGUAGUCCUCACUUAUAAUUUGGCAGUUCAGCCUUUUUCUCAUCUUUUUGGCUCCCCCAGGGGGGGAUUGCUUAUUUCUAGCGAUGCCAGGAAAAACUGUAUUUAAAAAUUAUCCACCGGUAGCAAAGGUUGGAGAACUAGCUUGGUCCAAACUAGUAACUGGUUUUUAUAACUUGAAUACUAUGACGCGACUAUUUUAAUCCUCUGUUUGAGCACCUGGGAUUGCCUGGUGGACGAAAGACAAAACGGAAUGACGUCAAACAAAAGUAUUAUAGCUAUGUAAGUUACGUGGAUUGAUUCGGAGUAAAAUAUAAUGAUCAGGAAAUUUUCUUCUUCUUCAAAUAUGAUUAGAAUCGCACUUACGUGUCAUUUGUUUGCAAAUAUUUUGAUAAAGGUGAAUAUUUUGCAUAUGCCUCAGGAUUUAGCCAACAGUCGACUAUCUAAAAGUAAACUGUACUGACAAAUUUCUAUAUUCAACUUUAGACAAUAGAGGUGCCGAAAAGAAAAGAAAACCUUUUGAAAAUAACUGACGAUCUUUUGAUCGACCUGUCGAUGGGUGAUUUGUUGAUGCUAACAGGAUCGGAUACUGAUAUAUAUCAGUUUGACUAAAAGUUUUUAUACGUCAUGAAAAUACUUUCUCAACAAACAAUAUAAUAUCUUGGGUGUAACCAUAACUUACAAUAGAAAGCGUUCAACCUUACAAAUAGUGUAAUUUUGUUUCUGUUCAUUUGAAGAGCUUCCGACGAGCGAACUAGUGAUAGCUUUGUUAGAAGUACGGAGUAGUCGUACAUUUUGCGCGCGAAGCCUGCAGUUGAAAUAGCUUUGAGUUUAUGAAUAUUACUAGGUUUGAUUGCUGUACUUGAGACAGGUGCAUGUGCGAAUCUGGAUAUUAAAAAAUAGCGUGGACACAGUUUCUUCAGUGUCGCAAUCGAUAAAAUGUCGAGCUUAAAUAGAGAUGAAUUUGGACCCACGGCAAUCAUUAACAAAGCAAGUUCAACUGCAUCAGGAAUUCUUAUGUUCCACGCUGGCUUGAAUGUUUUUCUCUCCAUUACCGCGGCGCUUGGUAAUCUUCUGAUCAUUGUCGCGCUUCCUAGGGUUUCCUCAGUUCACCCACCAACAAAGCUGCUGUAUCGAUGCCUGGCGAUUACUGAUCUACUCGUCGGUCUCAUAUUAAACCCACUGCACACAAUUCCUAUUGUGGCAUACCUAACCGAAGUUAACUGGAAACUUGUGCUGUAUGCUCGAACCAUCGCAUUUGUUUUCAGCUUUGUCUUGUGUGGAGUGUCGAUUUUUGUAUCCACCGCUAUAAGCGUGGACAGACUUCUCGCUUUAUUGCUAGGAUUCCGGUAUAGACACUUGGUAACAUUAUGGAGAGUACGAGCUGUUGUAGUUGUCUUUUUCAGCCUUGGUGUUUCCUUUUCUGGAACAGACGCAUUGCCCUAA